AUGCCCGCGCACAGGGAGUCGCCUCGUUCACAGGAAGCAGGUUUCCCCCUUGGGAGCUGGAUGUAUCUCCCACGAGAAUCCCGGCGCCGGAUUGAGCCUGGCGAGCGGGCCUUACACGCUAAUUCAUCAGUCCCUGCCUGGAUCCCUCAGCCUGGGCGCCCCCGCUGCUCCAGUUUACAAAGCGAGACAGGUACCAUCACGAUCCCGUCCCAGCAGCAGAUGCGAGCCUCUCCUCUGCAGCUUGCCUAUUGGCAGCAGCAGUCCUGUUUUUGCCGAAGUGACGCAAAAAAUACUUUCAACACAAGAAAAUGCACGGAUGAAAUAAAAAAGAUGUACGGAUGCAAAAAGUACAGUCCAAUAUAUAUAUUGGCCGGACAGACCGCGGUGGAUCCGGACACUGAUUAUAUUUUUUCUUCACUUUAUUUUUUCUUUUCUGCCAGUGGCAGAAUAAAAGAAAUGACACAAUUUUUCAUGAAAAAUAAUUGUAUAUAUUGCUCAUCGGUGAUUCUCCAUUCUCAACGUAAUAGCGUCUCUCCCGGAUCCAGUGGGAUUCGAAGUGGAAGUUGGAUUCGGAUUUGGAUUUUGCGUCAUCGCGUCUGGUAUCUCUAG